AUGGGGGGCAGGUCCGCGAACAAAGCCGCUUACUUCGAUAAGCUGAAGGCGCUGCUUGAUGAGUACCGCUCGGUCCUCAUCGUCACUGUCGACAAUGUCAGCUCCCAGCAGAUGCACGAAAUCCGCCUCAGCCUGAGAGGCGAGGCCGUUGUUCUCAUGGGAAAGAACACCAUGGUUCGCCGUGCCAUCAAAGGCUUCGUCGCAGAUAACCCGGAAUAUGAGCGUCUUUUGCCUCACGUCAGGGGCAAUAUCGGUUUCAUUUUCACCAACGCUGACUUGAAAGAUGUCAGACAGAAGGUGCUUUCAAACAGGAUUGCUGCCCCUGCUCGUGCCGGUGCAUCGCUCCUUUGA